ACUUUGUUUUAAAUGUUUUAAUUAAAAAACAUGAUGGCUCGGAUUGGGAGUAUUUAUAGGCAUGCGCAAUAUACACGUGUUGUAAAUGUACGCUCAAUGGCAUCAGAGGCAAGUGCGGAGACGACGAUGUCACUGGAAGAAUCCAUGACACGACGUCGUCGCCUAAAGAGAAGAGAGAGGGAGACUUCGUGGCUGGGACGAAAAUACAGAAAAAGGGAGAACACACUAUAUCAAAGGCUCACAAAGCUCAUUACGAUCACUCCGAAGUCACCUCUCCAGGAUGCAGCCCAGCCAGCAGCUUUUUCCUUAGUUGCCUCGGGCCGGCUGUUCUCCCUGCACCCUUACCUUGGAUGUGAGUCUUCCGAUGAGGAGUGGGUAAGGAUGAUCGGCACGCCGAGGAACAUCAGCCGCAGCAGCGUGAGCUUCGUGGAGAAGCAACCCGUGUUAACACCCAGAAUGAGAUCGAUCGUCCUCUACUGGUUAAUGGAGGUGUGUGAGGCCUACGCUGUUCACAGAGAGACGUUCUACCUGGCACAGGACUACUUUGACCGUUUUCUGUUGAUUGAGAAAAACCUUAAGUUGGGUGUGCUGCAGCUCACUGUGCUCACAUGUCUUCUUAUAGCAUCAAAGAUGGAGGAAUCUAAACCUUUAAAGAUCUUGCAUCUGUCACGUGUGGCUCAUGGGAUCUACCAUGUAGAAGAAUUCCGUCAUAUGGAGUUGGUCAUUUUGAGGACAUUGCGCUGGUACACUCGUCCUGAAACAGCUUUGUCCUGGCUGAAGUUCUUCCUGCAGGUGAUCUUCAGGAAAGAAAACUCAAACCUGCUUGAGCAGCCGUUUCCAAAAGAUACUUUCAUGAGAAGUACAAAUCUUUUAGAUCUGUGCAUCCUUGACGUGAACUCGAUGGACAUGCCUUAUCACGGAUUGGCUGCCUCAGUCCUGUGUUAUUUCGUGGACCAGGAACUGGUUGAAAAAGUUGCACGUAUGCCCAGAGAACUCCUCCAGUCAUGUGUUGACUGGUUGGCCCCCUUUAUGGAUGCACUGGAAGACUUUGGCACAGUCACACGGAAAGUGUUUCCCACAGUAAGAAAAGAAGACCAACACAACAUCCAGGCAAACUUGGACUACAUGUCCAUUUUGGAUGUUGCUCACAAGGCAAUAAAAGGCAAGUCUCCUAAAAAAGAUAUGGAACCGGUCGAUGCCACCUCGUACAGAGAGAGGAUCUACGUGCCUGGGCAAGGACUUACAUCUUCAGAAGACGAAGUUUAACAGAGUCUGAAGGUGCUGAUUGCGGUUCUGAAACUUUCCUCAGAUAUCCUGCAGAGAUGGCUGCAACUCUGACAGAGUUGAAUCAAAAUAAAUUACGUCCUUAGUCUUAGUAUGCCAUAGUGUGAGAAUAGUUAUUGUUAGUUUAGAGUUGAAUAGUUGUCACCCCCACCCCCGCAUCUUCCCCUCACCACAAAUAGUAGUUCUUGAUGUAUUCUAUCCAUUAGAAGACAAUGUAGGAGAUCUAAACUGUUAACUGAUAUUUGAAGGCCACUCUUCUUCUAGCCACUUUUGUUUUGGUUUUGUUUGUUUUUGUUUUCCCUCAUUUUUGGCUUUUAAGGUUUUAUUUCAGAAAAAUGCAAAGUUCAAAAGUUUGUAACCUGAAGGUGAAUUUCUUGAAAAUUGUGGGGGGGGUUUUUGUUUUUUAAAUGAAAUGUUGUGUGCUGCUGUCCAGCAGCCAAAAAGUAUAGUAAAAUGAAUGCUGUACCAGUGUGAACUUUUAAAAACACCAAAGCAUUAACUGAACCAGGUCCAUCGCACUCGGUUCAUUUUUUGCUUUGCUUUUAUCCUGAUGUGAUUAACUCUGGGCAUUUUGCUUUUAUAAGUUUAUUGCAAAAGAUGAAAAGAAUACAAAUUACCAUGUACAUGUACCACAAAAUAAAACAUUCAUCCCCAACCUGUG